GAUUUUAUUACUAUAUUUUAAUUCGUUAUAAAAAUGUAUCUUGAUGUCGUAUCUAAAAACCAAGGGUGCUGGUUAGCACGAUUGUCCUAUAAAUAACGCGCAAACUUCUCCAUAAUUUAUAUACAUCUACUAAAUAAAAGCAAAAGAACAAGAGUACAAAAAGAGAGAGAUGAGCAACUUAAACACAAACAAUAAUGUUAAUGAGGAUACUAAUGAGCUCCUUCAAGGCCAAGCUCAAGUGUUCAAUCACUUGUUUGGCUUCGUCCAUUCGCUAGCGAUAAAAUCGGCCGUGGAGCUCUGCAUAGCUGAUAUCAUACACUCCCAUGGCCAACCAAUGAGCUUAUCACACAUAGCUUCGAAACUAGACUGUACAUCUCCUGCUGUACCAUGUCUUGCGCGUCUCAUGCAACUCCUAGCAUGGAACAAAAUCUUCACCGUUGAUUAUAAUCGAAAAUCAUCAUCAAAAGAUGAUGAAGGAGAGGCUUUAUAUGGUCUUACUCCUACAUCUAUAUGGCUUUUACAUGAUAAUGAGUUAAGCCUUGCUCCUAUGUUUCUCACCUUCACCCACCCUUCGAUGAUGGCCCCGUGGCAAGAGAUAGGUCGUUCGAUCAACGAAGGUGGGACCGCCUUCGAGAUAGCCUAUGGUGAAAGUAUUUGGGAGAAGGGGUCUAAGGAUGAUGAGUUCAAUAAGCUAUUUAAUACAGGAAUGGCAUCCGUUACUAAGACUAUAUUGGAUGCUAUUUUGUGUGGGUAUAAGGAAGGGUUUAGUAAACUCGAAGGAACCCUAGUUGAUGUUGGUGGUGGUAUUGGGAAAGCUGUGGCAAAGAUUGUUGAGGCUCACCCACAUAUUAAGGGAAUCAAUUUUGAUCAGCCUCAUGUUGUUGAAACCGCCCCUCAAUUUCCUGGUAUCACCCAUGUUGGUGGUGACAUGUUCAAGGACAUCCCUUUGGCCGACACCGUCUUUAUUAAGUCCGUUUUGCAUGAUUGGGGAGAUGAUGAUUGCAUCAAGAUUUUGAAGAACUGUCAAAAGGCAGUAUCAAAAAACAAAGGAAAGGUGAUUAUAGUAGACAUAGUUCUAAAUAUGGAAGGUAGAGGACUUUUUGAUGAAACAAAGUUAGGUUGUGAUCUGUUGAUGAUGGCACUUUGUGUUGGUGGCAAAGAGAGAACACAACAUGAGUGGAACAAACUGUUAAAAGAAGCUGGCUUUGCUCGUCACAACAUCAUCACAAUUCCUGCGUUUGUUUCAAUUAUUGAGGCUUUCCCCCUUGAAAAUUAAUUAAACAAUUGAAGUCAUGCUAGCCUUUUCUAGUUUUAUCAAGUAUGCUCUUUUGUAUUCACCUUCACCCCCACCCCUCUCACACACAGGGAUGGGGUGGGUGGGGUUGAGUGUCGAAUUAUAUUAAUAAGUACUUUGUAUUAAUAAGCAGUGUUGUAUGUUAAUGUAACUAUUUCACGUUAAACAAAAUAUAAGAUUUCUGUUUAAUUUGAAUUUAUUGUAAGCAUGAAAAGUAAUUGUAUGUUAUACUUCGGUAAUUGAUUGUUACUA